AUGGAAACUGGACGUCCCAUUGUUGCGAUUGUCGGCAGACCGAAUGUCGGGAAAUCCUCACUCUUCAACCGAAUCGCUGGAAAUAGCCACGCUGUCGUCCAUGAUACCCCGGGCGUGACGCGCGACAGAAACUAUGCUGACGUGGAAUGGGAAGACCGCUCUUUUACCAUCGUUGAUACCGGCGGUUUGGACAUCGAUCCGGGCGACCAACUUAUUGAUAAUGUUCAAUCGCAGGUGAAUGCUGCCUUGGCUGAGGCAAGCCUUGUUCUCUUCGUCGUUGACGCUCGGACGGGCAUUAUGCCGCACGAUAUGGCUGUCGUUGAUAAACUCAGAGCCUCUGAUAAACCUAUUUUCCUUGUGGUCAAUAAGGUAGAUAACGACCGGUUUCGCAAUGAAGCCGCCGAGUUUUACGCACUCGGAUUGGCAGAGCCACUGUGGACAUCCUGUGUCCAAAACGACGGCAUUCGGGAGCUGCUCGACCGUGUCGUUGAAACCCUUCCAGAGACCGAUGAAACAGCCCACGACGCGCCUGCCACGGUGAAAAUCGCCAUCGUUGGCAGACCGAAUGUCGGGAAAUCCUCGCUUAUCAACAGUCUGUUGGGUGAAGAACGGCUGAUUGUCGAUGAGCGACCCGGGACCACGCGCGAUGCGGUGAACAUCCGAAUCGUUCACGACAAUAUCCCUUUUGAAGUCGUUGAUACGGCGGGAAUGCGGCGUAAAUCCGCUAUCAACGAUGAGCUUGAAUCCGCAACCGUGCAACGUGCGAUACACAGCAUUCGCCAAAGCGACAUCGCUGUACUCGUGCUGGAUGCAACCCAGGAUGUCGCACAACAGGAUAAGGCUAUCGCCCAUUUCAUUCAACGACAGGGGAAAGCUUCCGUUUUAGUCAUAAAUAAGUGGGAUCUGAUCGACAAGGAUAACACAACGCAUCCGACGUUUAUGCAUGCAAUAGAUGCGCAACUUCCGCAACUCGGUUAUGUCCCACGUGUUUUUGCUUCCGCGCUAAGUGGACAACGCGUUACCCAAAUAUUAACAACUGCUCUUGAGGUUUACCGUGAAUAUUGUACGCACAUCCCUACACCGGCACUCAACGAGUUGCUCACGGAAUUGCGCAAUGCACAUCCACCGCCACGUGUUAAGAGUGCACGUCCUGCCCUCAAAUAUAUCACACAGGUGGAGACCAAACCGCCAACCUUCCUGAUCUUCGGACGGAAUGUACAUCGUGUGCAGCAGCCGUAUGAGUCGUAUCUUGUCAACAGUAUUCGGAAGGAAUUCGGAUUUCACGGCACACCGAUACGGAUUUUUUACCGCAGGUCAUAA